GUGAAAUACGAUGCCUCUUCGAUCUUCACAAAUACUCAUAAAUUAAUGAUCCAAAGGCUGUUUAUUUAUCGCAGCUUCUAUGAAUGCUACCUCACGUGAUUGUUCAUCAUCUAUGCGACCCUUCUUCCUUCUCUCUCUCUCUACGUAACUUCGACGACCCACUUUCUCUCUCUAAACCCAAACUUACAGAACAAGGAAAAAACGCAGUGGGACAGAUACCACUUUCCUCUUUUGUUAUUGACUCAUCAUUAUUCAUUAAGAUUAGAUUCUCAUCAAGUAUAUGUGAAUCAAAAGCCUCGAUUUGA